GAUGGUAUUGGACCAUAAAGCAACGAGUCUACACAGUGAUUACGGUAGUUUUGAUCGACCAUUAAGCAGCAACGGUGAGCAGAAUCACGACAGGGACGUUGAAGUUGCAGUUGAUGGAAGUACCAGUGGAAUGGCACAGUCCAGUGAUGUUUAUCAGCGACAACCGCUUUUGCCAGGAGCGCCUGCUAAGAGUAAAGACCGGUGGGGUGCCGUCGGUUCCAGUGGUGAUUAUUACGAAGAUGAUAAUGAUAAAAUAGAUAAUAUUAGUACGCGUACCGGCGGCUUACAAAAUGGCAGUGGAAUUGUCAAGAUUGAUAUUCCUCCGCCGUUGAGAGAAGAGCCGCGAUUUCCCAAAGAAAAAUGGAAAACCGUUCUUGCAUUUUUAUUUAUGGUUUUUAAUUUUAUACUAACAACAACAUCACUUGCAAUGUUACACGAA